GUGGGACAGCACAGAGCUGGGGGCCAGACGAGCUGUGCCCAGCAAGUAGGCAGCGGCUGGAUGUGAUAAAGACCUCGAGGAGAAACGCAGCAGGACGGGAGAGGGUCUGGAAGCCGGGGAAGCAGGAUGGGCAGGAAGGCCUAGCCCCUCACCCAUUCCCAGGAAACAGGGCCUUGGGAUCCACAAGGGCACAGGUGGGAGGGACCUGACCCCUGGUGGCAGCGGCAGCAGGCACAGGAGGGCAGCAUGCAGCUGGGGUGUGCGUGGGUGGCAGCAAGGAGGGGCGGAGGGAGGAAGCUGGCUUCCUGCAGCCUUCUCAGCCCUCAGAGACAGACUGACAGACAGACAGACAGCUGGCAAGAGGCAGCCUGGGGGCCACAGCUGCUUCAGCAGACCUCAUGGCUGAGUGAGCCUCUCCUGGGCCCAGCACCCCACCCCAGCAUGGUCCAGGCCCGUGGAGGGAGCUCCACAGCACAGCCGCCGACCGUUUCUUUGGGGGCAGCCAUGACCCAGCCUCCACCUGCCAAAACGCCAGCCAAGAAGCACGUGCGGCUGCAGGAGAGGCGGGGCUCCAAUGUGGCUCUGAUGCUGGACGUCCGGUCCCUGGGGGCCGUUGAACCCAUCUGCUCCGUGAACACUCCCCGGGAGGUCACCCUACACUUUCUGCGCACUGCUGGACACCCCCUUACCCGCUGGGUCCUUCAGUGCCAACCACCCAGCCCCAAGCAGCUGGAAGAAGAAUUCUUGAAGAUCCCUUCAAACUUUGUCAGCCCCGAAGACCUGGACAUCCCUGGUCAUGCCUCCAAGGACCGAUACAAGACCAUCUUGCCAAAUCCCCAGAGCCGUGUCUGUCUAGGCCGGGCACAGAGCCAGGAGGACGGAGACUACAUCAAUGCCAACUACAUCCGAGGCUAUGACGGGAAGGAGAAGGUCUACAUUGCCACCCAGGGCCCCAUGCCCAACACUGUGUCGGACUUCUGGGAGAUGGUGUGGCAAGAGGAAGUGUCUCUCAUCGUCAUGCUCACUCAGCUCCGAGAGGGCAAGGAGAAAUGUGUCCACUACUGGCCCACAGAAGAGGAAGCCUAUGGACCCUUCCAGAUCCGUGUCCAGGACAUGAAAGAGUGCCCAGAAUACACUGUGCGGCAGCUCACCAUCCAGUACCAGGAAGAGAGCCGGUCAGUAAAGCACAUCCUCUUCUCGGCCUGGCCCGACCACCAGACUCCAGAAUCAGCUGGGCCCCUGCUGCGCCUAGUGGCAGAGGUGGAGGAGAGCCCUGAGGCAGCCGCCCGCCCCGGGCCCAUCGUGGUCCACUGCAGUGCAGGGAUUGGCCGGACGGGCUGCUUCAUCGCCACACGAAUUGGCUGUCAACAGCUGAAGGCCCGAGGGGAAGUGGACAUUCUGGGCAUUGUGUGCCAACUGCGGCUAGACAGAGGGGGGAUGAUCCAGACGGCAGAGCAGUACCAGUUCCUGCACCACACUCUGGCCCUCUAUGCAGGCCAGCUGCCCGAGGAACCCAGCCCCUGACCCCUGCCACCCUCUGACAGCCCAGGUGCCCACCUCCCUCAAGCCUGGGAAAUGGGUCUGGGGAAAGUGGACCGAGUGAUCUGGGAGUACCCUAUGGGUGAGUGUGGGAAAGGAGCGCCUCCUUACGGCGCUUGAAGUCCCAGGAAGCAGCAUCAGCAAGGACAAGGGGCCAGAUUCCGGUCUUCACCACUGGCCACUCCUCUGCUUCCUCUGUUGGCCCCAGAUGGACAGUAGGGGGACCUCCAAUGUCUCUCUGAACUUAAAGACAGGAAGCCCAGGUGUCCCGGUCUUCUCUACAACACUCUUAGUGAGCUUUAGUUUCCUCUUCUAUAACAUGAACAUUAAGUGCUUAGCUGCCAUAAGGGAAAAGCAAUAAGAGAAGUCUCUAGAAGCCAUUGCAGCUGUAUCCCCUUCCUGGGAAUGACAAAAGGGUGAUUCCAAGAUCAUCCUUCACCUGAGGCCCUGCCCGAGCACAGGCCAGAUGCAAGAGCGGGGAGAAGUCUGAUGCUGAUGUCCAAGUUUCAACAUCGUAGCAGUGACUCUGCUCCCUGACCACACAUCAGAAGAGCUGGACACCCACGAUCAAAA